ACUUAAAACUUUCCUGUCAACAACUACGUGGAGAUCACUGCAUGCAUGGAAGAAACAGUCAUCACUCAUCAGCGGUAGAAAUUUUAUUUUUCCUGUUAAUUAAUUUUCCAUGCACGAUCUGUCAGAUCAGAUCGAUUCCCUGGAUGGUAGGCCGUGGUGAUUGUGAUGCCUCCACAUCCUUUGUCUGCGUCCAACCACAAGAACGAGAGCCAACGACGACGAAAAGGCCACAGCUUUCAAUAUAAACAAACACCAAACGAAUCCCUUCUUAGCGGUAGUGCAUCCCCAUCCAUCCAUUCUCGCACAAGAUUCCAUCUUUUCAUCCACCAAUCUCGCGAAAUCUCCGUCUAAUUCAAGAAAAGAUGAGCUGAGGAAUGAGAGGAAAUAUUGGUGUUGCGAAUUGUGGAUUGGGAAUUUGGAGUUUGGAUUAGGAGGAGGAGGAGGAGGAGAAGAUUAGGCGAUGUCUUUCAGGAGCGUGAUCCAGGAGGUGAAGGGCGAGAUCGGCGCCAUCUCGCGGCGGGGGUUCAGGUCGCGGCCGGGGCGAGUCCGGCGAGUGGCGGCGGCGGCGGAGGAGCCGCCGGACGAGUCGUCGGCGGCGGCGCUGGUGAUGCGGGAGAGCUGCUGGACGCAGCUGCCGCCGGAGCUCCUGCGGGAGGUGCUGGCGAGGGUGGAGGAGUCGGAGGGGUGGUGGCCGCGCCGCCGCGACGUGGUGGCGUGCGCCGGCGUCUGCCGGAGCUGGAGGGGGAUCGUCAGGGAGAUCGUGCGCACCCCGGAGGCGUCCGGGAACCUCACCUUCCCAAUCUCUCUCAAGCAGCCUGGCCCGAGGGAUGCUCCUAUGAAAUGUUUCAUUGUAAGGAACCGGACCACUCAGACAUAUUACCUGUACAUUGGACUGACUGAUGCUCCUUAUUUUGCAGCAUUAACUGAUGAUGGGAAGUUCCUACUUGCUGCACGCAAAUGUCGUAGGACCACAUGCACUGAGUACCUGAUUUCGCUUGAUAUGAACGAUAUAUCAAAGAGGACUGAUAGUUAUGUUGGCAAACUAAGAUCUAACUUCUUGGGAACCAAAUUUACUAUCUAUGAUGCCCAUCCACCUUAUGCUGGAGAUGUGAUUUCAAAGGGUCAGUCUGCACGUGUGAUUGGUUCAAACCAUUUAUCCCCCAGGAUACCUGCUGGGAAUUAUCCAGUCUCACAUAUUUCAUAUGAAUUGAACGUUUUGGGUUCUAGGGGCCCGAGAAGGAUGCACUGCGCUAUGGAUUCUAUCCCUGUAUCAGCAAUUGAACAAGGAGGAACAGCUCCGACGCAGACUGAAUUUCCUUUGAGUUACCAUGAAUCUUUCACAUCAAUUCCCUUUUUCAAAUCAAAAUCAGUUCGAGCGAAUAAUUCAACUGCUUCAUUACUCACUCAAAAUGGAAGCAAACUGGUGUUGAAGAACAAGUCCCCGAGGUGGCACGAACAUCUGCAGUGCUGGUGCCUUAACUUCCAUGGACGGGUAACGGUUGCAUCGGUAAAGAACUUCCAGCUGGUGGCUUCAGAUGAGAGUAACCCAACCAACCAGGAACACGAUGAUGUGAUCCUCCAGUUUGGUAAAGUUGGGAAGGACAUGUUCACCAUGGAUUACCGCUAUCCUAUCUCGGCAUUUCAGGCGUUUGCGAUAUGUCUGAGCAGCUUUGACACCAAAAUAGCGUGCGAAUGAGUGAAGGUGUGAUUCUUUCUUCCAUGAUCGAAUGAACCGUUUCCUGAUGACCCACAUUGCAAGCUGGCCAUGCACUCUGCUUAGUUGCUUCCACCUUUUGGAAGCAUGCAGAAUAGAGACAUAAAUAAAAGUUGCUUUAAAUCUAACAUUUUAGUUGGGUAGGGAUAUGUAACCUGCAAUUUAGCUUUCUUGAAGUAUGUUCAACCUGCAACAUUUGAGUGACUUGUAAGUCUUGAGUUUAACUACAGGUGUUGGAUAACCACAAUUGACAGCUCAGGAUUAUGUGUAUACUUGUCCCUUUGGAAAUCCAUAGAUGUAUCUGUUUGCAUAGAUAUGCUUAUGUUACAUUCUUCUAUUACCAGAAUGAAGCAGAGCUAUUGGAUCUUGUUUCAAAAAAAAACAUGAAAUGUACAUGAGACCCUUUUUUUUCACAUCGAAUAAUGUUCUGGCUCAAUUGUUCAUGGAAAAA